UACACAAAAAAAUUACGCAGCCUUCAGACUUAAAUAACAAGCUGUGCAUGUAAAAAAUGAGAAAACUUACAUGUAGGCUGGAGGAGUAUCCCCCAAAACGAAAGUACAGUCACCGAACAAACAAAGGGACAUCCGCUUCAGUCUUGUUCUUCUACCAUUCAAACGAGGUUGAAAAAGAUAAUAUUGUGGAUAAAAGUGUCUAGUGAUAAACGUUUCUACUAAAGCAUCGUUGUUUAAAAAAGAUGGAAGACAACACUCAAAGUGACACGAACAUGGGCCAUAUGGCCGCUAGAGGGCCCCGAUUUUGCUCCGAUCCCGUGCAGAACAGGAACGCCGGGAGGAAAAUGUUUCAAGUUUUGAACACUCGUGAGCAAGUCGUCCUAGACAAGCAGGAAAAGACCAUGCAAAAGAGACACGAUCGCGAGAUGAAAAUUCAGAUGAGGAGUCAGGAGGAAUAUGUGAAAAAGUUGGAAAAAUAUGAACGAAAGAGGUGCAUCAGUUUCUCCGGCAGACAAAACAGUAUGGAUUCUGAUGUAGAGGACAGAGAAAGAAAAUCAACGAACUUCGAACAAAGCACAGAAACCCCAUCAACCAUUUCCACUAGGCCAAAGCUAUACAGGUUACAGACCCAGCAAAUUCUGAAUGUGCCGCUCUCGCCUAUGGUAGCAAAGCAUUCCAGUUCUUUACGAAGUCAUGAUGGCUCGGACAUGGACUACACACGUCACAGGUCGCACACCUCGCCGGAAUUGAUGCAAGCCGCGCGGGCGCGUUUGCUGUCGCGUCGAAAUAUUGAGCGAUCUCACACUAUCAAGGAUACCACCUCUCAGAACCGGACAGCAAUGAAUGACAGAAUACCCGAGAGAGGUAGACAAGUAAAAAUAGAAACCACAGACAAACUGGAAAUGGGAAAGGCAUCAAGGAAAACUACCUUUUCACCAGGGACAGAAAGAUAUAUCUCGCCUUUAGAUAACGAUAAAUCUGCUUCUGAACCCAGCCAAAGUCGUCCAAGAAGUCACCACAUACACAAUGACCACGAGAAUAAACAGUAUUCAACUGAAGGUGCAGUGUUAAAGAAAAAGCAAAACAACAGGAAAUGGACAGAAAACGAUGCUGAUCACGCUUUCGGUCCCCCCGUUAGCAGAGGGCGGGCCUACACAAACCCCACGACGACCAGGACCAAGGGGGUGGUAUUCAAUCAACGUUCAGUGACGCCUCCGGGCAGCGGUUUUUCUCCAGAACCACAGCAAAUGCCGGGCAUGGUGUUUACCCCGGUGCAAGAAAGCCGGUCAGUUGUAUGGAUAAGGCAACCAGGGGCAUCCUAUGGCCGCAGACAGAGCUGUGAAGAGGGCAACACCGCUGAGAGAUUGGCGCAGAUUACCUUAGAGGGACGAGCGAGGGCCAUAGAGGACAGAUUACAGAGACUGAGAGAAAAAACGGUUGAGAGGUCCAAUCUGAAGCCCAACAAUUCCUUUAUAAACGACCAAAAUAUAUCGACAGAUAAACACGAGUUUCUCCCUCCCUUAUAUAAACAGUCCUUGCAAGAAAAACACAAUAAACAUUUUACAAAGACCUCUCCUCCUGGUGACGACACAAAGUUAACUGCGCUAAAGGAGUGCAGGUACUUGCGAUGUAACAUGGACCUAGGGGGCGCUGAGAGCACCCCAGACUGAGCAGACGUAGAACUUUACGGCUCUACUCAGAUCCUCAGAAGAAUUUCGUCACCCGGGCUCUAUUUUGGCACCGAGAGGCUCUUUUCAGGUCCUUCACCUGCUCUACAUCAUGAUGGUUAUUCACAGGUGUAGGACCUGAACAUAGCCUCUCAGUGCCAAAAUAGAGUCCGGGGGACAUGUGUGGGCGUGCUUGCAAAAUAUUGCGAUUGAAA